AUUAUUGAAAUUAGAUAUGUAAAUAUAAAUAUUAUUUUAGAUUGAUAAUAUGUCAGCUGAUAUGGAAUUGCUUGAAAGGUUAUUAUCAGAAAUAUUGCAGAAAUAUAUAAUACAUACUAAAACAUCUGUUCGUCAGGCAUCAUGUGUUUGGUUGCUUACCCUCUUGAAGCAAUGUGGAAAUCAACAAGUGAUGAAAAUUCAGUUAGCAACCAUUCAAAAUUCAUUGAUGAAUUUACUUGCUGAUUCUAAUGAUAUUAUUCAAGAUAUAGCUGCUAAAGGUCUUAGCAUGAUAUAUGAAUUUGGAGAUGGAGAAAGUCAGCAAAAAUUACUUACUAAACUUGUAGAUACUUUAACAUCAGGAAGAAAGUCAUCAAUAACAGUUACAGAAGAAACAAAAUUAUUUAAUGAAGGUUUAUUGGGAAAUUCUCCUACUGGGGGAGGAUUAAGUACCUACAAGGAAUUGUGUGCUGUUGCAUCUGAUCUUAAUCAACCAGAAUUAAUUUAUAAAUUUAUGCAUUUGGCAAAUCAUAAUGCACUUUGGAACUCUAAAAAGGGAGCUGCAUUUGGAUUUGGAAUUAUUGCUCAGCAAGCUAAAAGUCAGCUUAAAGAAUAUUUACCAAUUAUUGUUCCUAAAUUGUAUCGAUAUCAAUUUGAUCCAAAUAGUAGUGUACGCUUGUCAUUUGUUUCAAUAUGGCAUGCAGUUGUACCUGAUGAACAAAAAGUAAUUGAUCAGUAUUUAGAAGAAAUAAUAAAAGAUAUUGAUUAUAAUCUUACAAGUCCACAGUGGAGAAUUAGAGAAUCAUGUUGUUUAGCAUUGUCGGAUUUAUUACGAGGAAGAGAUGUAGAAAAGAUUAUUGAUUAUUUUCCUGAUUUAUGGGAAAAAUGUUUUCGUCUUAGAGAUGAUAUUAAGGAAACAGUAAGAAAUGCUGCUAGUUCAACAUUAAAAACACUUAGCAAGAUUUGUAUUAAAUUUUGUGAUGUAAAUUUGGGAAAAAGUAGUGAGAAAAUGUUAACUACCAUUUUACCAGUCCUUGUGAAAUCUGGAUUGAUGAGUUCUUUGGCAGAAAUCAGAGAAAUAAGUUUAUCUACAAUUGUACAAAUUAGUAAGAAAGCUGGACAUCUGUUAAAACCUCAUCUUCCUUUGCUUUUUAUAGCAUUAUUAGAAGCUCUUAGUAUUAAUGAGCCUAAUGUCAUCAAUUAUUUAAGCAAUCGACUGGAUGAAUCUAAUCAAGAAAAACUUGAUAUACAAAGAGUUUCUGUGUUCCAGAAAAGUCCAAUGAUGGAAACCAUAAAUUUUUGUGUGCAAUACAUUGAUGAUGAUAUAUUGAAGGAAUUAGUACCCCGUCUUACUGAUCUGAUUAGAAACUCUGUUGCAUUAGGAACAAAGAGUGGUUGUGCUAACUUUAUAAUAACUCUAACUUUACAAUGUCCUCAAGAACUACAACAAUAUUCAGGAAAAUUGCUAAGUGCCCUUAUUAGUGGACUUAAUGAUAGAAAUGGUGCAGUACGAAGAAGUUAUGCUAAAGCAAUUGGACAUUUAGUGAGGGUUUCAAAAGAAAGUAGUGUAAAUAAAGUAAUUGGAAAAAUUCAAGUAUGGUAUUUAGAGAAAGAAGAAGAUUAUGUUCAUACAUCUUGUGUAUAUACCAUGCAUUCAAUAGCCUUACACAGUCCUGAUAUAUUUAGAAGACAUUUGACUGAAGCAUUGCCUCUAGUAUUUUUUGCCAUGCACGGAAAAUCAUCUAAAGAAAAUGAAGACCUUCAAUCUCUCUGGAAAGAAAUGUGGUUAGAGUUUACAACAAGUAAGUUUUACAAUAAACGUUUAAAAUUAUUUAAUUUUAAACUUAAUAAAAUGAAAUAAUAAAUUUUUUAUAGCAAGAAAAAAUUUCAUGAUUUUACUUUCCUGGUUAUUGUAAAUAACACAGGAAAAGCAUUGGAAUUAUGUCAAAUUUGAUCCUCUUAAGUUUUUUGCAAGUCUUCACAUUUUGAGACUACCUGAACCCAAAAAAAGUAAAAAAAAAUCCAUGAAUAUGUGCAUGUUGGUGUCUGUUUCUUUUUAAUAUCAUUUAAUAGGAUGGGAUAACAAUUAAGAAGCAAAAUUUGGCAUGUUAACUUGUAUAUAAGGGCCAUUGAUACUAUUAAAUUUUGGUAGUUAAAAGGAGUGGGAGGAAGGGAUUGUGUGUCAUGUCUUGAGUGGGGUCAAACUUAAUGAAGAUUUACUCAGUAUUAACAUUUACAAUUUUUUAUAAAACCCAUCUUUACUAUAAACUUUAAGCUUUUUGCCAUUUUAUAAUAAUUAAUAAUAUAAAAGUUAUUUAUUUAACAAAAUUUCAUUGAGAUGGUGUCACAAACAAUUUCAAUUUUGUGCUAAUAUAUCUUAGUAUUUUUUGUCAGGAAAGUUAUGCAACUUAUCACUGGAUCUUUUGGAGUGUAUUUGGGGUAUUUUUCAUGUGAUGAGA